GAAGGUGUUUGGUGUCGAGGACGCCAUCGAAAAUGUCCGAAAUUUGGCCACGGUAUGAUUUGCGGUUUAGUGUUAUCAAUGUUUGGUUUUGGGGGGAGAAUUGGCAUAAAAAGUGUUUGCAGUGCCAGAUUUGGUAGCACUUGUCCAUUAUCCGAUCAUUUGGUGAUAUCUAUCAAGCGUAAAAUGUUGCUCAAAUUGAUGUUCGCUACCUGCUUGGUGAUCGCCGCAGCCGAUCCCAAACCACACCUGCUGGCACAACCAUCAGCUUAUACCUACGGCAGUGCUCCUCUGUUGGCCGCUCCCAUAGCCCAGCCCGGUCUCCUCCAAACCGGGUACUCCCACGUGACCGGUCAGAGCGUGGUCCACUCCGCAUUAGCCGCGCCGGUAGCACAACUCACUUAUGCUGCCGCCGCCCCACUAGCAGCUGCUCCUGCACCGAUAGCACCGAUCGCUGCAGCUGUAGCACCUGCCCUAACAUACGCGGCAGCACCAGCUUUCGUUCCGUACCAACAGGCUACCUUCUUCCGCCAAGCUGCCCUACCUGCCGUGGCACCGGUAGCACCAGCUGUACCCGUUGCACCAGCUGUCCCCGCCGUACAAGCUGUCAAUGUAGCCCAGGACGUGCAAGUUUCGGCCGUUCCCGUAACCGCAGCUCUUCGCGUCGCACCGGCAGCACCAGCUGCUGUCAACCAAGCGCCCGUUUCGGCUGCCUAUCGGGUAUCCAGACCAUUCAUCAACGUCAACCCAUCCAUUAACGUGGCCCAAGUUCCCGUCACGAUAGCGCUGCGUGGACCACGCCCGGUAGCACCAGCUCGCUUGACGGCGGCCGUCCGAGUUGCAGGACCGCCAGCACCAGCCAGACUGACCGCUGUUCGUCCCGUACAAGCGGCACGCCUCGUUGCGGUCAGGGCUCCAGCAGCACGUUACACGGCACCCCGUCUCCGGGCGGCAAGACCUGCAGCACCUCCGGCUCCUCCGGCACCAGCUAGACUGACCGCGACCCCUCAUACCGUUUAUGGAGUGCCACAGCGCGGUUAA